AUGCGUAACGACUCGGUGAUGUUUCCGUAUAUACCCGACAACGAGCUUCAAUAUCCGGUUAAACUAAGCGUAGAGGAUAUCCUCGCUGUACAAAAUCUGUACGGAUCUCACGACGACGGAGAUCGGCCCGCGAUUCCCGCGACCACCGCGGCGCCCGCUACCACCGUAGCGCCGACGACCGGCGUCGCGCCGACCGAUCCGUUGCGCGCGGAUCUUUGCGCUUUACGGCGCCUAGACGCGGCCUUAAUAAUGAAUCGACGUUUAUACGUAUCUAAUCGACGCAACGUAUGGUCGAUCGAUCUAACCGAGAAACGCUACGGUAGACCCAUGACGCUAACGGAAUACGCGACGUUUCUUCCGAACAACUUCACGCGUCUAUCCGCCGCGUAUCAAAGACCCUCGGGCGAUCUCGCUCUAUUCGCGAACGACGCGAUCUAUCUCGCGGAAUAUCCCAGUUUUAAAUUGAAAUCUAAUUGGCCUAGAUCCCUUCACAGUAUCGGAUUUCCUCGAAACGCUAAGAUUAACGCCGCGAUAAACACGCACUCGGGACGAACCUACGCUAUCUACGACGACGACAAAGUAGCGGAGAUCGACGAAUGCCGCAUGCUGGUCGUUAAACACGCUCCGUUAAAAGAUAUAUUUUCCGGAAUACUAUCCGCGAUAACUUCGGCCUUUCGAUACAUCGAUGAACAUCGUUACUUCGGCGGGUCCCUUCGACCUGCGCGUUCUCGAUAUAGAGUGCCCCACGGACGAACUAUUACGACAAUUACGGGAUCUCCUCAGUCGCGUCUAUCGCCUCGACGACUCGAUCGAGAACACGAGGACGACGAAAGCGACUUCCCGUAA